AUGGCCUGUUCCGACAUCCCAGGCAAUGGGGAGGGUUCCUCAUCCCAACAGGGUUAUCAUUCCACGCCCAUCUCUACGGCCGACGUGCGUACCGGGUCUCCUGGUCUAGACGCUUUGAGACAAGCUUCCAUAGCACGCCUUGCCUCACCAGUCCCUUCUCUAUCCACCUCCUUCUCGUCCCGACAAGUGCCAGUGCCGAUCAGUGCGGCACCCAACACCGAGCAUGAUUACCGGAAAGUCGACAACCCGUCCUCGCUACCGGGCCCUGGGCAGUCCAUGAUCGCUUCUGGCCUUCAAGAAAGCCUUGGAUGCUCACCUCCAAGGCUUGGGACACCACCCAGGCGCACCGCGUCCCCUUUCUUGCAACAACCCCAGCCAAUCAAAUCCAAUUAUGGUUCAUUCGACAACAAGCCAACCUCAGAGUACUCGGCAGGACCGUACGAAGACCCCGAAGUUAUUCGAAGGCACCUGGUGAACCCGCAAAACGUCAUUGAGAACCGCGAUAUUCACUCUUCUGGCGACGUUACGAGCAACGCCGACGAUGAAUUCUCUAGUUUACAGCUGCAAGGAGGUGACAUUACGAGACAGGUCUACAGGUGGGCGGAGGAUGCAGAAUCGAGCAACUCUGCGAAACGACCCCACCGAAGCAAGAGUUUUAGCCUCAAUCGGCCCACACCAGAAGAUGAGACGACGAACAUCAAUAGCAUCCGAGUACCAGGAGGAUUUCGACGUGACUAUAUACGAAGGGCAGCAGGGCCUCUUCCUGGAGAAGGGGAUAACUCGGAGCUGCAAACGGCCGCCUUCCAACCUCAGCUUCCAACCAGUAGUUUCCUAGAGUUCCUAACCCUUUACGGCCAUUUCGCAGGCGAAGAGCUGGAGGAAGAUGAUGAGGUCUUAGGACCUGAUGAGUACUUUUCCUCCGGGACGUGGGAUGAGGAAGUCUGGGAACCCGGAGAAGAGUCCGCCCUUCUUCGUCCGGAGGCUCAUGGUAGGAGGAAGCGGAAACCGCGUGGAGGAACCGGUACCAACACGAGGACGGGAGCGGCUCUACUUUUACUGAAAUCUUUCGUCGGUACAGGGGUCUUAUUCUUGCCUAGGGCUUUUCUCAAUGGCGGCAUGCUCUUCAGCAGUAUCGUAUUGCUUGGGGUAUCUUUGCUUAGCUUUUAUGCCUUCAUCUUGCUGGUAAACACGCGGCUGAAAGUGGACGGGUCAUUUGGUGACAUUGGUGGCGCUUUGUAUGGAAAGAACAUGCGACGUAUUAUCCUUGGCUCGAUCGUGCUGAGCCAGCUUGGAUUUGUGUCUGCAUACAUUGUGUUUACAGCGGAGAACCUGCAGGCAUUUGUUCUUGCCGUUAGCAACUGCAAGUCUUUCAUUGACAUCAAAUUCAUGGUGCUGAUGCAGUUGGUCAUUUUUCUGCCUCUUUCGCUGAUUCGUGAUAUCAGCAAGCUGGGUUUUACUGCGUUGAUUGCGGAUGUGUUUAUUCUGAUGGGAUUGAUAUAUCUUUACUACUACGACAUCUUGACUAUCACUGCGCAGAACGGCGUUUCCGACAUCGUCUCCUUCAACCCUUCCACAUGGACGCUCUUCAUAGGCACCGCUAUCUUUACCUAUGAGGGAAUCGGGCUCAUCAUCCCUAUCCAAGAGUCCAUGAAGCGGCCGCGGCAAUUUCCGGGUGUCCUCGCUGGAGUCAUGGUCAUCAUUACAAUCAUUUUUCUUUCUGCAGGUGCUCUCAGUUACGCAGCAUAUGGAUCUGCAACGAAGACGGUGGUCAUUCUCAACCUUCCUCAGGACGACAAGUUCGUCAACGCCGUGCAAUUCCUCUAUUCUCUGGCGAUUCUGCUGAGUACACCACUGCAGCUCUUCCCUGCCAUUCGGAUCAUGGAAAAUGAGCUGUUCACGCGCAGCGGCAAGUAUAACCCCAAGAUUAAAUGGGAGAAGAAUUGCUUUCGCUUUCUCCUUGUUAUGGUCUGCGCAUUUGUAGCUUGGGGCGGGGCAGAUGAUCUUGACAAAUUUGUGUCACUCGUGGGCAGCUUUGCCUGUGUCCCUUUGAUUUACGUGUAUCCGCCUCUAUUGCACCUAAAGGCCUGUGCUCAGUCAAGACGUCAGCAGAUCGCUGACAUCGUUCUUUCCUGCUUUGGAGUGGUUUCUUGUAUCUAUACGACCGCGUUGACGAUGUCCAACUGGGUGGGAGGAGGAGACGAUAAGGCCCCUGGAUACUGCGACUCGCGCUCGGUAUAG